ACAUUACUCGAACACGACUGAAGAUCUCUCUGACUCUGUUGCCUGACAUUGCAUGCUGCACUUUGCAUCGAAGGAAGGAAGGUGUGAGGUUGGUCGUGGUGUCCAUCUUCUCUCCUUCCUUUACUAACAAAAAAAAAAAAAAAAAAGAAGUCAAGAAGCAGCUUCGGCGUCUCGGGGUAAUAAUAAUUAUCGGUAUUAUUAACAGCGCUCCUCCUAAAAGCAAGUCACUAGGGAAAUGAUGCCGUACGAUAUUUUGGCUGUCAUUAACUCCGCCCCCUCGGCGCUCUGCCUUCAGAGAAGGUGAGAAGACGUCACUGUAUUUCAUGAUCAGUGUGAAGAUUUGUUUGUGUCAAGUGCAAAAGUCUUUGAUAUUUGAAGAAGGGGAAGAAGAAGAAUCAGUUUUUGUCGCCGGUGAACUGGAGAGAAGAGCAAUGGCUGCAUCGAGCAUGUACCGCCAAGGAGCAAGAAGCCCAUCCCACUAGAAAAGGCGGAAAGGACAGCAUUAGCCCUGGAGAAAGAUCACUGAGGAGGAUCAACACAAGGAAGACGCUCUUUCGUUCUCAAACGGAGUCCAACAUUUUUAGAUGCCAUAUAGAUUGUUUUCGAUAUCUCCUGUGACUCAAAUCAUCACAGAAAUUUCUUCCCCUUGAAAGUAUAGUUAUCUCUUCUUGAAGUCUUUUGCAAGAGAAAAUAUAGACACACAAGCAUAGACACUCUCUGUCUUUUAGCCUCCCAGUAUUGAUAUUUGGAACAUAUGGCUUCCUCAGGAUUAGUUUUUUCUCCAAAUGAUUUGAGAAAUAUAAGACUGAAUUUGUUUGUGAGGAAGUAUGGAAAGAAGGUGGUUCAUUUCAUAUACACUUUCCACUUUCUCCACGGACAACACAAAAGCAUCCGAGAGAUUCUCAUCGACAACCAAGUUCCACUACAACGAAAGAAAAGUCCUUUCAAUGUCCAGGAAAUACAAAAUCUUACAGAUAAACUUCCGGAAGAACUGGACAUCACAGUGAUGAACAAAAUCUGCCAAGCUCUUUGGGAAAAAGGGGUGAAUAACCCUGGUGACGAACUCAGGGUAUUAUUAACAAAAAUCAAAGAUGCGAGGAACUUUGUUAGCCAUGAAGAGCCUUAUUUGUCAGAAUCAGAUUUGGCAAGUAAAGUAAGAGACUUUCAAGCAAUACUCGUGGAAACUCUUGAGAAAACUAGGGCUCUCUUUCCACCUCAUGGUUCUGACAUUGAUCAGCUUAAAGCAGAGAUCCAAGGUGCCGUUCCAGAGCUUCUAGAAAAGAUCCGCGAAAAAUAUGAUCCCUCAAACCCUCGGGAUGUACAAAAGCUUAAAGAGGAAAUAGAAGAGUUUGGGAGUGACUUUUCUGACAUGAUACAAAAAUCCUCUGAAACAGAACUCCUGUCUCGUCAUCAACGCCUCUGUCUGAUUUUGCCUUAUGACUGGCUCGCUCAGUAUGGUACUACAGAUCCAGGUAACAUAAUGGUCUGUUUACAAGUGGAGAAUGAUCAGGAGUUAAAUAGAGGUCCCCAAGGCAAUGAAAGUAUCAUUGUAAAUCAAAAUGAAAUCUUCAACAAAGACAAAAUGGGAAAAGACCCUGAAGUUGUGAUUAUAUCUGGUGAUGCAGGUUCUGGAAAGACCACAAUUCUUUGUUCUUAUGCAGAGGAAUGGUGCAAGAAGACAAUGGAUGUGCCAGAACUCUCUUCCUUCCCAUUUCUACUGUAUUUGCAGUUCAGAAAUCAUGACCACAAUAACUUUGAUGACUAUCUGAAAAGCAUGAUACCGCAAACUGUUGCUCGAUUUCCUUUCGAUCUUGUCAAAUCAGUAGUCCUAAGUUCAAUGUGUUUGGUCUUAUGUGACGGAUAUGAUGAGGCCAACAACAAUUCAAGAAAACUUUUCGAAGAUAUAUUAGCACUUAAUUCAAAUAACAUGAAGUUUGUUGUCACAACACGUCCCGGUAAUACCAUGGGGCUAACAAAUAUUGUGAACAAAGGAAAACGUUCUAGAAUCAACCUCAAAGUUUCAUGUCUUCAGGAAGAGGAUAUAAAAUUGCUCACAGAAAAACUCAUAGGCCACCUGUUGAAAGACGAUAUCACCCAACAGGAGCAAAUGAAAAAAGAGGUGCUCCAGAAAAUAAAAGAAAUGAACACUGGCACUAGAGCCAUCCUGCAAACCCCACUGUAUUUUAACCUGUUCAUUCUCCUUUACAUCGAGUGUCCAGAUUUAAGGGAUGAAAUGAGGACCAGGACAUCAGUCUACUUACAGCUGAGAAGGCACAAGAUCAAGAGAAUCUCCAACAAGACAGGAAUCUCUGUUAAAUCACUGGAGGAAUUUGAUGCACUGUACAGAAAAUGGUCUCUGAAACAUUACAUUGAGGACAAAUAUGAAUGGUCAGAGACAGAUGUAGAAAGCUUUAAGGAGGAGAUUCAUAGGCAACAGGUACCUGUACUUCAAAACUUUGAUGCCAUCAUGUCAUCCUAUUUCUCCAUAAAAAAAGCAAUGAAGCAUCUGGAGAUUGUAAACGUAUACUGCCACAGACACAGAAGUGAGCAGGAAUUUGCAGCUGCAGGCAGUAUCUGUGAUGACAUCAUCGCAUCAAGUGGAAGGCCACAAGGAGGCAACAGUGUUCGAGAUGUGUUGCAUUCUAAUGGGUUGUGGAAUCCCUUAUUAUUUGAGGAUGAAGAUGAAAAUGAUCUAUUCGAGAAAUUUAGAGAAGUCUCUUCCUUCAUACCAGGAAUACUUUACAACACCGAGAGAGAAGUUUUGUAUGAUACCAUAGAUGAGAUUCACGAACUCUUUGUAUCAAAUAGCCUCUCUAGUGAUUUCUAUUAUGGACAUGAUGCUCUCUUGUAUCCAUGUAUUGAAACUAAAUUGGACAGUAAAGUUUUGGAUUCACUUGUGUCACAAAUGAGAAAAACGUCUCUGAAGGACCAAAUAAAAUUCAUAGAACCCAAGAGUCUUUAUGUCCUUCCAUCCUUACUGCCUAAAUUGAGCCCCAUAGAGAUUGAAUUCAGAUUACCCUUAAAUGUACCUAUGAGAGAUCUUUCGGAACUCAGCGAAACUCUGGAGGUUACAAACACACAUCAUAUUCGUGCAGUGAUAAGAAUCUAUAGGCAUCUAAGUGAAUACGUACAACUCUCAGGACAGGAGGAGGUUUUGCAUCCAGUGGAUACAUUAGGAGUGUCCAUUGCGGAUGAUGGAUACCAAGACUUAGUGAGCCUUCGUCCCCUUCCUCUCAUGACUUCAGCAAAGGAAUUUGAGUUAAUAUACAUCACGCAAAAUUCUCUUGUGGAUCGUGUUAACGAAGUCAUAAGCAGGACGUUUCCAACUAACAGGGAAGAAGGCACCACUGAUUUAUCGAUUUACUUAUGGCAAGAUCCUGACAUAAAGUCUAUACUCCAGUCGCUAACUGUUCCGCCUUUAAGGUCAAUAACUAUUGGUGCCCUUCAUGGCCCAAAGAUUGAAGAUGUUGAAUUUGUUAAAGAAAUGAAGACACUGUGUUUGAAGAAGGGAUUUGGAGAACUAAGCAGUAACUUGUGGCCUGAUGGGGAAGAAGAAGAAAAGAAGAGAAAAAUGGAAGAAGAAAAAGAAAGAGAGAAUAAGAGAAGGAGAGAAGAAGAAGGCUCCUCUUCCAGUGAAAGUGAUGUCACAAUGAAGUCUUGAAGACACAUCGCAGGAAGAAACAACUUGACUGCUGCUUCUGAUGAAAGUCUUUUGGUAAAUUUCACCCCAUGUCUCUCUUGUUCCCUUUUGUUCCUUUAGUUUCUUUAUUUUAUGUAUACUCUCUCUCUCUCUCUCUCUCUCUCUCUCUCUCUCUCUCUCUCACACACACACACACACACAGUAAGAGAUAGAGAGAGAGAGAGAGUACAGUACUGUCAAUAUUAAGACCCGUAAUAGUCAUUAUAAUGGAAAGCCCACAGGGGCUCGUCAGCUGCACAUCUAUCUUUCAGUGAAUUCUCCACAGGAAAAACGAGAGAUUAUUCACUGACUCAUUCAAACUUCCGCUGCUGAAUCGGGGAGGAGGAGGAGGAGGAAGAGAAGACCCCAGUGCAGACGACUCCCAUAUCAUAAGUGGCUGGUUAUUCCUGUAUACACUUUUUCGUUUCAAAAACCUCCCCAUCCCCCGUCCCCACCUCUGGCACUUUCUAGACCCUCCUCCCUCCCUCCCUCCCUCCCUCCUUUAGUCCCCCAUAGUUUCUUCAUGACCAAGAAGCCACCUGAAGGAAGCACUCUGGUCCAUCUUUUCUGUGCUUCUGUUCUAAUGCACUUACUGUUGUCCCUGAAAGGAAAGGAAAGAAAAUAUAAUGCUUCUUGCUCUCUAUCUGAUGUAUCAAAGUGUUGUUUUCAAGUGACUGGAUAAAUAAUUAAGCGAUAGACAUUUUUCAAAUGCUAAAUUGUAUUAAUAUUAAGGUUAUAUUCAACAGGGAUCUCUCCUAACAUCAAUGCUGAGA